AUGGCGGUGAGGGUCCCGGCGGCCGAUCUCAACCAGCACCUCUCGUCGCCGUUCACCGCAUUGCGCUGCCGCAGUUCAGGUGACGAGGCGCCUCUCCGCGUAGCAUCAAGGAUGCCGCGGAGAAGUGUGGAACCCACGACGACGAGGAUCCUCUGCAGGGCUGCAGAGGUGCAGGGCUCUGGAGGAGGAUCCAAGAGGAGGAGGAGGGAGCCGCUGCGGCGCGGGGCCGUCAGCGCGCACCUCCCGGUGCCGGACCACAUACCCCGGCCACCCUACGUCGGCACGGACGCCGUCCCGGACGUGAGCCCAGACCGGCAGGUGCACGACGGCGAGAGCAUCAUGCGCAUGCUGGACGCCUGCGAGCUCGCCGCUCGAGUCCUGCACCAUGCCGGAGCCAUGGUCAAACCCUCCGUGACGACGGACGAGAUCGACAGAGCUGUGCACCAGAUGAUCGUCGACGCCGGCGCUUACCCCUCCCCACUUGGAUACGGCGGGUUCCCCAAGAGCGUGUGCACGUCGGUGAACGAGUGCACCUGCCACGGUAUCCCCGACUCACGCGAGCUACAGGAUGGAGACAUUAUCAACAUUGAUGUUACUGUCUAUUUAAACGGCUACCACGGGGACACCUCAAGAACAUACCUUUGUGGAGAAGUCGAUGACGCUACUAAGCAACUUGUGAAGGUCACUGAAGAGUGCAUGAUGCGAGGCAUAUCAGCCUGCAAGCACGGUGCUAGUUUCAAGGAAAUUGGACAGAGAAUAAGUGAGCACGCAGAGAAAUAUGGCUAUGGCAUCGACCCCUUUGUUGGGCACGGCAUUGGGAGGAUAUUCCAUUGCGAACCCAUCAUAUGGCAUACCUACGAUUACGAGCCAGGGUUCAUGGUCGCAGGCCAGACAUUCACCAUCGAGCCAACGCUGUCGAUGGGGAGCACGCAGUGCGUGGUGUGGGACGACGGCUGGACGGCUGUGGCGGUGGACGGCAGCCUCAGCGCGCAGUUCGAGCACACCGUGCUGGUCACCAGCGACGGCGCCGAGAUCCUAACUGGGUUUCCGUAG